AUGGGAAAGAUAGUUACUCGACGUAUUCCGCUUUCUGGCGAUCAAGCAACAAGCUGUGAGUCAAGAUUAGACGAGGCGCAUCCAUACAUCGAUUCAGAGCUCAGUACUGAUAGUGAAUCUGAGCACAAUUUGACGUUUUCUCAUGAAAUUUCUGCCGCUGGCUCCUCGAAUUAUGCAACUAAUUCUGCUGACCGUAUUUUUGACAGCAAGAGAAGCCGACAGACCAAACUCAAUGGCCCAGAAGAAUAUAAUAAAAGUCAAGGCUUGAGUAUAGGACAGAAAAAGGAACAAAUGAAAGUAGUAGAUUUCGAUCACAAGGAAUCUGAUAUUCUGAAUCUGACCCCAAGGAAGCGACACCAUUCAGAUGAGUCUCAUCAAUAUGAAGAAGAAGGCGAACCCAUCAAACAUCCUAAAUCCACUCGAAAAAAAGGCAAAAUUCAACACAGUCUCGGAUUGCAAUUUCGACCCGGAAUUUCAGACCCAUCUAAGGUUAUAGGGGCUUGUUAG